GGAUUAGAGAGACACAUGCAAAGAAAAUAACGUGUCUGGGGCAGAAAUAUAGCAUUUCACUGUGUGAUACUCAUGUUAUUCACCAUGGGAAGGGACCGCGAAAUGGGGUCAUGCACACACAGGCAGAUUACUCUGCAAACGAAGGGAAAGAAGAUGGAGAAAUGGGAAGAGGGCUAUUCUUAUUAAAACACCAACAUAUUCCACAGCGCUGUACAGUGGAUGGAAAAGUUUAUAUCAGUAAAUUCAGCACGACAACGUGGACUUAUAGGAACAAGAGAUGUGAGGUAGAGAAAGCAGGAAGCGAAAAAAGGGGUUACAUGUCACACGAGGUAAGAAGAGGACUGUUGGACAAAAGAAGGUUUUCCACAUGCUAUCUACCCCAACACCCCAGAGAGCCACUGAUAUCUCCUGCCAUGAUAGUCCAUCUCUGCCAUCUACUGUCAAUACCCCAUAACAAAGCAGAUGCAGAAAAUUCUUCCUCCAGUCUGGAUUCCUGGAGUUACGAAGACUGAAUGAUCUUGGAUUGAUUCCUGUGAAUGAAAUCUGGUGAAUACAGUCUGGUUUGGCUGAUGUCAAUUGACCGGCAUGGCGGAGCUUAGAAAACAACAAGAAGAAGUCCAAGAUGGUGUGCACACCAAGCUUGAGCCAGCACGUUGUGCUUCCACCACCGCCAACAACUUGGCAAUUCUUAAAGAAAGGUCAUUCGAUAUUAACUUUGAGGUUGGAGAUGAAUACGAUAUCAUCGAAACUAUUGGAACCGGGGCGUAUGGGGUGGUUUCCUCUGCACGUCGAAAAGGCUCAGGUCAGAAAGUCGCCAUUAAGAAAAUACCAAAUGCCUUUGACGUUGUAACGAAUGCAAAACGAACACUUCGUGAGCUGAAAAUUCUAAAGCACUUCAAGCAUGAUAAUAUAAUCGCCAUUAAAGAUAUUCUAAGACCAUCCAUGUCCUACGCAGACUUCAAGGCUGUGUAUGUGGUACUAGACCUCAUGGAAAGCGACUUACAUCAGAUCAUCCAUUCCUCGCAGCCACUCACCCUUGAACAUGCCCGUUACUUCUUGUACCAGCUGCUGCGGGGCCUGAAGUACAUCCAUUCUGCCAACGUCCUUCAUCGAGAUCUAAAGCCUAGCAACCUCCUCAUAAAUGAGAACUGCGAGCUAAAGAUCGGUGACUUUGGGAUGGCUCGAGGCCUCUGCACCAAGCCAGAUGAGUACAAAUAUUUCAUGACUGAGUAUGUAGCCACUCGCUGGUAUCGAGCCCCUGAGCUUAUGCUGUCACUCCACGAGUAUACUCAGGCCAUCGAUAUGUGGUCAGUGGGAUGUAUCUUUGCAGAAAUGCUUGGACGCAGGCAGCUGUUCCCAGGAAAGAACUACAUUCACCAACUUCAGCUCAUAAUGACUGUGUUAGGUACCCCAUCCAGCCAGGUGAUAAGGGCAAUAGGGGCGGAGAGAGUACGGGCGUACAUUCAGAGUUUGCCUUCUCGUCAACCAGUGCCGUGGGCAAGUCUUUACCCACAAGGAGACCGUAAAGCAUUGGAUCUACUUUCCAAAAUGUUGAGAUUUGACCCACGUGAACGAAUUUCUGUGAACGAAGCCCUGCGGCACCCAUUCCUCUCCAAAUAUCAUGACCCAGAUGAUGAACCAGAAUGUGUGCCGGCCUUUGACUUUGGCUUUGAUAAAAUGAUUCUUACCAAGGAGCAGAUCAAAGAAGCCAUUGUAGCUGAAAUAGACAGCUUUCACCGCAGGAGAGAAGGAAUCCGACGACAAAUUAGCUUUAAACCUGCACUGGUACCAGCCGUGGAGGGGCCAGUAGGUGAAGGUGUCAUCAGGGAAGAUGACUUCCAGUCUCCGCCACUCCCCCCUCCACCUGCAGGAUUGGAUGUGGACAUGCCUAGUGCCAAUUCCGCCAGGGAGAGGCUGGAUUUCCCCAUGGAGUCACCCAGGGCUCCAUUGAAACCAGAGACUAUAGAUUUAACUUCUCCUGUGGAGAACGGAGAGACAGUGCCACCGACAGAGAACCAGGAGGUCAAAGAGGAGACACCAUUAGUCAAAACAGAUCCAGAACCUGUGCCAAAGAGGGAAGGGGCUAUAUCGGAUGACACCAAAGCAGCGCUUAAAGCCGCGCUUAUGAAAUCAGCUCUGCGGAACAAGGGAAAAGAUGCUGCCACGUCUGUCUCCGAAGCUCCAGAAAUGAAGAAGCCAAUAACGGCUCAGGAACGCCAACGCGAACGUGAAGAGAAGAGAAGGAGGCGCCAUGAGCGUGCCAGGGAGAGGGAAAAGAAGCAAAAAGAGAAGGAACGGCGGGAGUUGAAGAAAGCUGAGGGGUUUGGUGGGUUGGUCCUGAGUGAGAACGAUAAGAACCUGUUGGAGAGAUGGACUCGGAUGAUUGACCAGACUCAGCAGCAGCCACCCAAUCUGCCUCUAAUCCAGACACCAUCAUGUUCAAAGCCCGCACCUUGUCCUGCACAAGCAGCAGAAAUCUGCCCUGUUGCCCAGCCUGUAUUUAGUGUGCCUAACAUCAACCCAAUUGAUAAAGCUGGCAGCCGUCAAAACGGAAUCCUCACUGCUCCCACCCUAACUCCAAGUAUGCAGUUUGUACCCAGAUGUUUGAACCCCUGCCCUGUGCCCAACCUAGUACACUAUGUCCCUCCUACAUCUUCAGGUUUCCAUAUUACUACAGUAGUUUUGGCUCCACAAGCUAAGCCAGGGCCCCCUCCAGUAGCAGCCCAGCUUCCUUCUGAUGUCAAGUUCAUUGGUGGAGGACAUGUUUUGCAAAGUAAUUUUCCCAUCCCCUCCAGACCCAAUGCACCCUGGCCCAGAUGUGGACAAGAAGGAUGGCCUGCUCCAGACACUGGAGAUGGCAAGAGAGGCUCAUUGACUAUAGAUCCCUCUCUUUUUCUUCGUAAUCCAACUGCCUUGGAGCAGACACAGACAGCGCCCGGAAUUCCAUAUUCUAGGGGGGGAAACAGUCUAUCUCAGGGAGAACACAAGGCUUGUGACAUCACGCCACUCCCACCCACCACGUUCAACACAGAUGACACCUCCCACCCGACCUCUCCAGAUAUUAGCCUGGUCACGCAGCAGCUUUCAAAGUCCCAGGUUGAAGAUCUUCUCCCGCCCGUCUUCUCAGUGACCCCCAAAGGAAGUGGAGCUGGGUAUGGAGUGGGCUUUGAUCUGGAGGAGUUCCUGAACCAGUCCUUUGAGAUGCCAUCAGAGAACCGCGAGAGCCUAGUGGACUCUGCUCCUCUUUCGGCCUCGCUCUUAGCUGAUUGGCUGGAAGUUCACCGGAUGAAUCCUGCCGACAUGGCUUCCCUUCAGGAAGAUCUCCAGCUGGGGUCUCCCAUGAUCCUGUCCGACAUUCCUGAUCUCCAGGACAGUUGAAUGAGGUCAAGGAAUGGAUCUCAGAGUUUGCUGCAUAUUGCGAAGACGAGGGGGUUUCUUCAUGUAACAGGCAGUGUUCAUCGAGUAGACAAGGUCUAUGGCCGGCUUAGAAAAUAGGAAUGAUUUCUGUAGACAAACGAUGCAUGCACAGAAUUUGACACAGUGCCAGGGCUGACCCCAGCAGUGCAGUCUUCAUGAUGGCAUUACGGUGACGAUGACUCAGAAGACGUUGUACAACGAUUGAUAAUUUGCACUUCCUGAUAUCUCAUUAUGAGUCAGCUUUAUUAAAACAUAAUGAGCUUACAAUCUGUUUGUUAUAUACACCUACCCCAGCUUCACAUGUAUACAUGUGUGUACACACUGUCUCUGCCUAUCCCAGCUUCCUACGUGUACACACUGUCUCUGCCUAUCCCAGCUUCGUAUGUGUACACACUGUCUCUGCCUAUCCCAGCUUCCUAUGUGUACACACUGUCUCUGCCUAUCCCAGCUUCGUAUGUGUACACACUGUCUCUGCCUAUCCCAGCUUCCUAUGUGUACACACUGUCUCUGCCUAUCCCAGCUUCCUAUGUGUACACACUGUCUUUGCCUAUCCCAGCUUCCUAUGUGUACACACUGUCUCUGCCUAUCCCCCCUCUCCAUGUGUGCACGCUGUCCACUUACCCCCGCUCUCCAUGUGUUCGCUGUCCACUUACCCCCGCUCUCCAUGUGUUCGCUGUCCACUUACCCCCGCUCUCCAUGUGUUCGCUGUCCACUUACCCCCGCUCUCCAUGUGUGCACGCUGUCCAUUUAUCCCUAUUCUCCAUGCUUGCACGCUGUCCGCUUACCCCCUCUCCAUGUGUGCACGCU